UGUGUAGUUUCGACAAACUCUUGUCACCACCAACGACUUGGGCUAAGGAGCAGCAACAUUUGUCUCCAUACCUUUUACUUUUGCUUUGGUUUUUUUUAUAUGAACUUACCAUCACGACAUGAUUUAUCUUAGGUGACCUUGCUUAAUUGGUCAUCAUUAUUAAGUUAGCGUUACCAAAAAAAAAGACCAUAGCGGGCGGUUCUGGAUUUACGUCCCACUCACGUUUCAAUGAAAGGCUAAUUGCUGGGUCGUUCAAUAGGUCCAGCUAACGUUACCCCUGGAUGGACUCCUGGUUUUUUUCGUCGCCCAUAAUUGAUGAAUAAGGUACUUAUUCCUGGGGGAGUCUCGCAUCCUCCGCCGGGUGGUCUCGUAUGAAACGUUUCGUGGCAGCGACGAGGGGUCGGGGGCUCCGCUAGCUGAGCCCGGCUUCAGGAUGAGGAUGCCCAGAGGAGGACGCCUGCUCAUGGCGACGUGCCUCGGCUCGCUCUUCGUUCUAGUGCUUUACUUUCAGACCAUCACCAAGCCAGAACCUGGUGUGAACACAGACAGCAGACCAGGGAAAAGUAGGAGGAGUCCACUGCAGACUCUCUACAAUGGAGACCAGCAGCUGGAGCUCCUGGCGGCUCAGAGGUCGCUCCAAGGUCGCAGGGAGCUGCUGGAGCAGGCGUGUCUGAGCCACACCAGGAAGCGCCAAGUGCUUUCCCCCGAGGACCUCAAACACCUCAUUGUGGAUGAUAAACACAGCCUCAUCUACUGCUACGUACCCAAGGUAGCCUGCACCAAUUGGAAGCGAGUCCUGAUGGUCCUCACCAGUGACGGCCGCUACACGGACCCCCUCUCCAUCCCUGCCAACGAGGCCCAUGUGGCGGGGAACCUCCGCACGCUCUCCGAGUUCUCCGUCCCCGAGAUCAACCGACGCCUCCGCAGCUACCUCAAGUUCAUCUUCGUGCGGGACCCCUUCGAGCGCCUGGUGUCGGCGUACCGCAACAAGUUCACCCGGAGCUACAACACAGCGUUCCACCGGCGCUACGGAACCAAGAUCAUCCGCCGGCACCGGCCCGAACCGGAUCCAGAGGAGAUUCAGAAAGGAAAUAACGUUUUAUUCCACGAGUUUGUCCAGUACCUCGUGGACCCCCGGACCCAGCGGGAGGAACCCUUUAACGAGCACUGGGAGCGGGUGCACUCGCUCUGCCACCCCUGCCUCAUCCACUACGACGUGGUGGGGAAGUACGAGACCCUGGAGCCGGACGCCCAGGCCGUGCUCAGCCUGGCCGGGGUGGAGGGAACGCUUCAGUUUCCCACGUCUGGGAAAAGCACCAGGACUGAUGGCAACAUGGCCGCACGCUACUUCAAGCACAUCAGCCCUUUCUACCAGAAGAAACUGUUCAACCUGUAUCGCAUGGACUUCCUGCUCUUCAACUACUCCACACCAGAGUACCUCAGGACUUGAUGAGGGGGGGGGGGAUGAGAGCGUUGACAUCAGUCUGAUGGUUUUCCCUUCAGAGUUUCAGUUUGUGAUGAUCGUGUUGCACGUUUCGGUUGCCAUCUCUGCCCAGAGUAGUCCAUCACACGCUCUGGCUUGUCACUAAGACCCUCGGAAAGAAACAGCUGUGGAGAAAGACUCUGGUUUGGAACCAAAAGCAAAUGGAACCAAAAGACCGUUUGCCAAGCAUCUGUAACACUUGUCAGUUUGCUUUCUAGUGUGAAAGAGUGUAUUGUUCUGACGUCAAGCAGAACAAAGAGCAGACUGGUUCUUCACAAAAUGUGUUAGAACCAUUCCAGGUGACACAAACAAGUCCUUUCUGAUGGGGGGGGGGGGGGGGGGCUUUAGGUUAAUUUAGAACCCAAUAUUUAUUUUGUAUUCAGUUCCUUGCGUUUCUCGCCUAGAAAUUGCUUCGUCAAAUUGAACAAACGUUUCUUUGACUUUUAUCUUUGUCUUCCUUCACCUGUGGAUGUGAGAUUUGAGAAUUCUGCCCCACCAGCACCCCCGGUGCCCACUACAGUCAAAUAUAUCCCGUGGCUUAUUCUUCUGAGAACCAAUGAGCCAUAAAUCCAAGUGACACUUUGGGAGGAGCAGGUUCUCCUCUGGUCGGGUGAAUGUGCUGACUGUGAACCUGAACACAGCAGAUUCAUUCAAAGCAGUAGAAUAUCUCUGGAUGGCUUUUAUUUAUGUAUGUUGGUGCAUAAAAGUAUUUAUUGUGUGUGUCAGUAAGGGCCUGUGAUAAAUGUAUUUUAUAUGAAAGAAGGGAUUCCUUUCUGCAUGGAAAGUUGCUGUUUUUGCUUUUGCACAUGCCAAACAGAAAUCUUCCAGACAAUUCAAAAAGCGUCAUGUUGUUCUCCUCUGUGAGGUUCAACUCUAACUCUAAAGCCAUUGCCUGGGCUUGUUCUAUCUGUGACACACAAUCGGGGACUCUAUCUUGAAAGUACAUCUGAGUCAUUUCCAGAAAAGCAGCCGUCUCUCCUUGAUUCCAGUGAAAGUGUGUUGCCAUCCCUCCUCUAUCACUGUCUGUAUUUAGCUGUGGGCAGGUAGGCUGAACAAACAGCCACAUAGCUGUGGUGGGGCAGGGUCCGGCUCAGCGCGGCCCCUCUCAGAGCUCCCCUUGUUAGCUCGUCCAGGGGUUACUCCUCCGACAGGCCUCUCCACUGCAGGGCCUUGUUCAGCAGAGUGACAGAAUUGACAUUAGGGCGAACACAGAGGCUCGUGUAGGAAAAUGUUUAUUAAUGGCCUCUGCUGGGGGAAAUAUCAGUAAGUUGUUCCUUUCAUACAGCCUUCAAAGUCUAGAGGGGAUGUUAAACUUCAAAGUCAGCUCAUGGGGUGUUCUACUGCGUAUAGCCAUGUUUUGACAAGACAGAAAAAUGCAUGGAAUUUUAAAAACGAUAUCUUUACGAGUCUUUUUUAAAGUGAUACGAUGUUAUGGAGGGUAAUGUGAAAUGGGUGGAAGCCCAUAAUAAUCUAUGUUGAAACUAGGAGUUAAAUCAUCUCCAAUGACAUGAUUUUAAUUGGAAAAGUUGAAUCUAGUGCAAUUUAAAAAUAUAUAUAUUUUUGAAGAAAGUAAACUUUAAGUGUUUAAAGUAAAUAAAUAAAUUAUUAUUUUCACAUCUCUGUACAAUGACUGAAACAUUUCUUUUCAGGUUUCUAAAGGAUUAUAUCAUUUGGCACUAUUCGUACCUACAAAAUGAGGCUGUUCAUUUAUUCAAAUGUUUUCCGACAACCUCCAGAAAGACAAACAGACAAGCAGACAAGCAAGACAUAAUCUCAUUGGCUGAGGGAAUAACGAUCUCAGAAUUGAGUUUCUGUCAACCCUAUGAUUAAGCCAAAUGAUUGACUUCCUUUUCCCAGAAAACGUGCCAGGUCAAGUCAUCUCAUGUCACAAACAGUUAAAUGACAGGAAACUUUUUAAUUAGUUUAUCUUGCAAAUGUAUUUAGUCAGACUGGCCCAGGCAUGUCCUCUCUGGAAACAUUGCUUUUCUCUCUGCCUGUAGCAAUGCUUUGAAAAGUGCAAUAUCUGUAAUGUGGUCAACGCUGUGUCUGUGUGACUUCCUCUGGCAUAGAAGCCUUUUUGCUCAUGCCACAAUCCAUGUUUCUGUUUGCUAUGAAGGCAGCCAUGGAUUACAGGGUUUUCAUUUCAAUGUUACCCUUUGUAAAAGUGUGUGAGUAAAGCCAUCAUUUGCAAGAAGAUGUGACUUGCCAAAAACCCAAUCACACCCUUCAUUUUUUUUUUCCACUGUCUGGAUGACAAAUAUGUUUUAUCUUUCCUGGAAAAUACACAUUACAAAUAACCAGUAGGUUGUUGGUGUGUGUGUGUGUGUGUGUAUUCAUAUUCAUCUCAUGCCCGGACGCUGCUGUGAAUGAACACAGCUAGUCAAAAAUCUUUAGUCACACCUGUCUCUUGGUGAGUCGUGAAAUAGCGAACAGAGAACAAUCUGGAAAGUCUCCUGCACCAGUUCAUUUGUGCCACAAAACUGUGAAUGUGAUAACUGAAGUGCACUUGCUGAUGUUCUGGUUACCUUGAACUUUCUACAAAUACAAUCCUUAAACAGCA